AUGUCGGACAUCCAGAAACCUCAAUACGGAAGAACAGACGUGGAUCUAGCUCGCGGCAAUGGAGCGCAAGAAAUCGAUCCAGAAAGCGGCGUGAAGCGAGGUCUCAAAACUCGACAUCUGAGUAUGAUGGCCCUGGCAGGAAUCAUAGGACCUGGUCUCCUCGUCGGAUCCGGAGGUGCACUCUCAAGUGGUGGACCAGCGGCUCUGCUGAUCGGAUUCGGAGUGAUUGGUAUAAUUGCUUUCAGUAUCAUGCAGUCGUUGGGAGAGAUCACGACUUUAUAUCCGACGGGAGGAGCUUUCACAAGUCUGGCCGACCGGUUCGUUGAUAAGGCGUUUGGGGUGGCGGUUGGAUGGAAUUACUUCAUUAUCUGGGCUGCUGUCCUGGCUAAUGAAUAUAAUGCUGUCUCUUCGAUUUUCGUCUUUUGGAGCGACAAGGUCCCUUUGUGGGGAUAUUUCUUGCUCUUCUGGUUUGCGUUUCUAGCAUUCCAGCUUCUUGGAGUUGAGGCAUUCGGGGAGGCCGAAUUUUGGCUUGCUCUUCUCAAACUCGGUGGCUUGGUAGCUUAUUUCCUCUUUGCUAUCGUGUAUGCAGCAGGAGGUCUGAAAGGCCAAGAUGGAGCGUUAGGGUUUCGUUAUUGGAAUGACCCCGGAGCCUUUGCCGACGGGUUUCCAGGUGUUGCAAAGGUCUUUGUAUUCUGCUCAACCUUCUAUGCUGGUGUAGAAUCAGUGGCUGUUGCUGCUACAGAAACUCGAAAUCCACGACAUGCAGUUCCUUUGGCAAUUCGUCAAGUAUUUUGGCGUAUCCUGUUCAUAUACAUGGGUUCUGCCUUUUUUUUUGGUCUAACAUGCCCUUCCAACGCUGACGGUCUUGUCAAUGGUGGUAGCAGAGCUUUGAAAUCGCCAAUGACAGUUGCGAUCCAGAACGCUGGCUGGGAAGGAGGAGUACACCUCGUGAAUGCUUUCAUCUUCGCCACAUGUCUUUCAGCAACCAAUAGUUCGAUAUAUAUUGGCUCUCGAACGAUUCUAUUCAUGGCUCAGGAAGGAAAGGCUCCAAAAUUCCUGGGAUACACAGACAAGCGAGGCGUUCCAAUCUUCGCCAUCAUCUUCACAAAUCUGUUCGGUGCUCUAUCCAUGAUGAAUGUAAGCACAGGUGCUAGUGCAGCAUAUGGAUACAUCGUAAAUCUGAGCGGUGUAUCAACUUUCUUAGUUUGGGGAUCAAUCUCUUUCACCCACAUUCGCUUCCGACAAGCUUGGGUAUCUCAAGGGCGAACUGUUGAUCAAUUACCAUUCAAAUCGCUCUGGUAUCCAUGGAACGCAUAUUUCGGACUGGGCGCGAACAUAUUCCUGGCAUUCAUCCAAGGCUGGACAACCUUCGCACCUUUCGAUGCUGGAUUAUUUGUCGAUGCGUAUAUUCUUCUCCCGCUUUUCCCUGUUAUUUACUUCGCUUAUAAAUUCUACUUCAAAACUCGGUUUUGGCGAUUGCACGAAAUCGAUCUCGACUCUGGAAGGAGGGUUGAUCUUGAUGCCGCAGUUGAGGAGGAAUAUUCCGGAUCUGAUGAUGGUCUACAUCCAAGGAAGCAGGCUCUUUGGCGUAGGCUUGCAAAGAACUUCUGA